AUGCCUCGCCAACGCCGUCCCGUUCAGGAGACAGAGCCAGAAUUGGAAAUCAAGGUAUCCGAGGUGGCCAAUUCGGCCCUGGAGGUACCGCCCAAGAUCAUGAAGAAGUUGCUGCAUUGGGAUGAUCUACCUCCUUGGCAACGCGAUAACCAUCAUAUCCACACGGGAUAUCGCCCCGCGUCAUCUUCAUUCCUGGCCUCGUUCCAGUCUCUGAGUUACCUGCACAAUGAGUCUGUGAACAUCUAUACACAUCUACUACCGGGCUUAGCGGCCAUUCCGGCCGGAUAUCAGCUUCAUCGUGUUCUUGCGCCUCGUUAUCAAACUGCAGAUGAUUCGGAUAUCGCGGCUUUUGCCUGUUUCUUUGCUGGUGCUGCUUUCUGCCUUGGAAUGUCCGCUACCUACCACACAAUCUCAAAUCAUUCUCCCCGUGUGGCACGUAUCGGCAAUGCCCUCGACUAUAUCGGUAUCGUCGGUCUGAUCGUGGGCAGCUUCGUACCCAGUGUCUUCUACGGAUUCUACUGUGUCCCCGCGCUCCAACACCGAUACUGGACCAUGAUUUGCACUAUCGGGUUAGGCUGCGUGUGUGUCUCUGUUGUCCCCCAGUUCCGAACCCCCCGCUGGCGACCCUUCCGUGCAUCCAUGUUUGUCGGGAUGGGCCUGUCGGCCGUCUUCCCCGUGCUCCACGGGGUGGCUCUUUCGGGGUGGAGCAUCGGUCUAGGCUGGCUACUGCUUCAAGGCUUUUUGUAUAUUCUCGGUGCGAGCAUCUACGCGGCACGAGUGCCGGAACGGCUGCGACCGGGCCAGUUUGAUCUGUUUGGCCACUCGCAUCAGAUCUUCCAUGUGCUGGUGGUAUGUGCUGCGGUGACCCAUCUCACGGGCUUGCUGAAGGCAUUUGAUUAUCGGCACAGCGGCAGUGCCGAGGUGUGUCAGAUUCCGCGCGGAUAA